AUGCCAUCAUCAAACCGUUCAUCGAGUGUUCCAUUAUCUUUCGAUCGUUUUCGGGUGAGAUCAAUUCAAUUUCGCUCACCUUUUCGUGGUCAUCAACGUGAAAAAAACGUUAAACAAAGUCCAGAUCGAUCAUGGACACGUAAAACUCAAGUUCAUCCUAAUAGUAUUAAUUCAUCAGAAUCUAAACGAAUAGAUCGUGAUGCAGCACAUUUAUUUUAUGCAAAUAAACGAUCAAAUUCGAUGACAUCCUCAUCAUUAGAAAAUUCACAAAAUAACACAUGUUCAAAGACUUAUUUUAAUACUCGACCGACAUCAAAUGUCGUUGGAGUAUUCGAUCGUACAAACAUAUCUCUUAUAAAUCCAUCUUAUUCAACUCAAUCUGAAACUCCUGAAAGUGUAUGUCCGCCGACUCCAUGUAUGGUACGUUAUCGACAUAGUUCUGUACCAAUUGUUAUACCUACACGUAUUAUAAAACGUCCGAAAUCUUUUGAUGAUUCAAAUAAACAAUCCGAUCUUGAUCACGUCGAUCAACUGAAUGCUUAA